UUUCUAAAAGUCUAAUUUGCUUUUUCCUUUGAUUUAUCCUUCUACCGUUAUUCUAUUUUCCAUUAAAAUUAUACAGAUCAUUCACAAAUUCUAUACACAUCUUGCAUUAGACUCCUACGUCUAACCUAAAUACAUAAAGACAAUGAGAGAAUAAUGAGACAAACAAAAAAGAACAAAUCCUUUAUCCAAUCCAUAAAAAAAACAUGUGAUCAAGAAAGAAGUCAAAGUAGAAAAUGCCAUUAGCAAAGACUUAUAAAAGCAUAUAAAAUCCCCCAACAAAGUUCCCCACCACACAAACACAAACACACACUCUCCCUCACCAUUGUCAACUCACCCUUACAUCAAGCACCAAAUUACAUCAAAUUAUUAAAUCAAAUAAUAAAAACAAUAAAGACAAAUUAAAACACAAAAAAUUAAACUAACCCACAUUAUUCCCCUUUUUCUUCUUCUUCUUCCUCAACAACUCACUUUUACACUUUCUCUCUCUACUUUCUCUCUCCUCCCAUGAAUCCCAGCAAAGUAGAAGAUGACCCAGAUCCCUUCUUCCUCCACCAUUUCCACCACCUCUCCUCCAACAACCACCCUUCUUCUUUCUCUCUCCUCUUUCACCACUCGUCUCCUUCUUCCUCUGAUUCGCCACCUCCUUCUCCAAGCCCGAUUAACCCGGCUCAAACCCAACCCCAGAUUCAACCCAUCUCAAAUCACUCGGGUCAUGAUUCGGGUCAAACCCCUUCUCCCUCAAUCAACCCGAGAAUCAAUCCGGAGCCCCAUAUUUCAUCCCAAUUCUACACUUUCAACAGUGAAUCACAUGCUCUAAUGAUUUCGUGUAUUCUGGAGAAUCGGCUUGCGACUCCGGUAGAGAUCCGAUCUGUGACGCCGGUUGAAGUGCUGAAAUCAUGGCGGUCUGUUUGGAAGGACCGGAAUGAAGAUACGGCGUACUUGACGGCGUGGAAGAGGAUACAGGACAAAUUGAAUGCUCAUAUUGACGGUAACGGAAUUCGAUAUCUUUGUUUUAAGAAUAAUUCGAAUCAAUUUGUUUCUCAUAUUAGUCAAUGGCAAGAAAUUGUAAUGUCUUCUCAUAGUGAUAGUGAUUUCAAACAUUUAGGGAUUAGAGAAACUGUUGAUAAGAUUAAGCAACUUUGGACUGUUGGGGCUAAGUUUUAUGGAAUUCCCGAGAGUUUUAUUCGGGUUUGUAUCGCUUCGUGUAACGUAUGCGCCGGUGUGUCUGAUGGUGGGGGUGGAGGGGGAGGGGGGUUUUCGGGGGGAAGGCCGAAACGGAGGAGGUUUGAGUAUACGGAGUCGUUUGAUGUGCCGGCGAAAGAGGUGCCGAAUAAGUUGCAGCAGCUUGCCAAGAAGCAUAAGGUGGUGCUUUGUAUUAGGCAGAAGUAUAUUAGGUAUAAGCCGUUUAUGGCUGAAGUGAAGGAUUAUGCGUGUCAUAGGGCUGGGGAGCCGGCUUCGAGUAAGAAGAACUCGAAAGUUUUGAAGAGGGAACCGUAUGCGUCUAAGAGGUGUGGGUGUGGGUUUAGGAUUAGGGCGAUUGUGCCUAUUACGAAUUAUAAUGAGAAGGAUAAGACUUUUGUGUAUCAGGAGGAAGGGAUGGCGGUUUUUAAGUUGUAUGCUGUGCAUACAGGACACGAGCCUGGUCCGUUGGAUGGGAAUGCGAGGAUUAUGCAUCGGGUUGUGGGGCAUAAAGGGGUGUUUUUGAAUGAUCAGGAGACGGAGUAUGGGGUGAAUGAGGAGUUGGAGAAUGAUUCUUUCAUGGGUAGGGAUGAAAGUGAUUUUGGUCAUGCUGUGCUGCAGCAAGCUCAGGAGCUGAAAUUGGAAGUUGGUUUGUUGGAAAGUCGGAUUUUGAAGCUUCCUCAGGAGUUAUUGGAUUCGGUUUCUCAAGAGUUGUAUCAUAUUGUUAAUAAGGUUAGGGCGUUAGGUUUUGAGACUUCUAAGACGGUUGGAUUGGAUUCUGAUAAGCACGAUUCUGAUGUUAUGCUGGUUGGUGAGGGCGAUUUGCCUCAUUGGAACGAUCCUCAUGAUGAUAGGUUGUAUGGGGAUGGCAAGGAUACUGAUUUGAUUGAGGAAGACGAAGACAGUUUUGGACGAACAUUGGGGGAUGUUGUACCCUGGGAACAAAUGAGGACGGAUUGUAGGAGUGACAAGGAUUUGAUUAGUGAGAGUUGUAAACCAGACAAGUGGUUAGAUACCAGUGAAUUCGAUGAGAAGAGUAUUCUCAGCUGUAAUUCAAAGCUAACAAAGCCCAUGAGGCAUGACUCUUUAGAUGAGGAUGUAGGUCUUGUUGGUCUGCAGGUAGAUAGUUUCUAUCAGGAGAAUCCGAAAUGGUAUGAUUCUCCUUGUGUCUUGGACUCCAGUACAGAUUGCGGGGGUAGUGAAUUUCGACAUGGAGAGAUUAUGUAGAUUCUAUCCGUUGAGGUGAAUUGUCCACCCACAUUUUAGCUUCUCAAAUUUUUUUUUUCAAGGAUUGCGGCUCCGUAGAAUUUGAGGGUGGGCUGUAAUUUAUAUACAGGAGGACUCAAUCAGACCCUUUGACUUUGAUUUUAGGUGCCUUUUUCUUAGUGUUGUAUAUUAUGACUGCCAGGAUUUGCUGCACAUAGCUUGUUCUGUUGCUUCUGACCCUGUUUGUAAUUUUCCGGUGCUUUUAGCUCCAUUAUUAUUGCAUAUGAUUGAUUCAUGAUCCUUUCUAUUUCAAUUGAUUGAAUCAUGUCAAUUUAGUACUUGGUAUUUAGCACUUCGAAUGUGUUGUGAAGUUGCUUGGAUUUCUACUUUGCCUCGUAUGGUUUGCAAAUGUAUUUUUUUCCUUGUUUUCUGGAGGCACUGAGAUGUAUGUACAAUUAUAUGAAUGAAAGCCCGGAGACAAGUUUUGCAUC